AUGGGGGAUUCCAGUGAGGACAUUUGGGCAGAGCUUGAAAAGAGCUAUUGCCCACCCGUAGACUCUGCAUUGUUUGCCGCGAUAGCCUCCGAAUAUGACUUGACCGUGUCCGAGGAUAUCAACCAGCUAAAACAAUCCUUGGACGCCAUUAAGGAACUAGCCAUUGAACAGGAGGAUCUUCCAUUUGAUCCGUCCGGUACUGCAAAUGAUCAUGGCUUGGAAAAUUUCGACAUGAGCGGGGUGCGCUCAGAAAUUGGAACAUCCAUCCAUGGCUAUGAGUCCCUAUGCACCGCAACUGAUGUCACCAGCAUCUCCGAGGAUAGCCGUGAUAAGAGUGCUCCGCGCGCAGUAUAUACAAUUGCGGCCGACGGGUCUCUCGAGCUGACCGGAGCGACACUCGACGAUAAGACAAAUGCCCUCAUGGAGAUGUUCCCCACAAUGACUCGCUUGAACGUGGCCCAGGCAUUAAAGACGAGCAGCGAAGAUGUCGACAGAGCAAUGGAUGUGCUGUUGAAUCUGUCUUUCUUCGAUGAAACACAAGGGGCCGAGGACGAUGACAAGAUUUUCAUCCCUAAAGGCAUCGACGGUUUUAAUGCUGAUAGUGGUGAUGCCGGCCGUCAAUCUGGACGGAAGAAGAAGCGCAAUAAGAAACAAAAGGCACAUAUUCUCGAUGAGAGGUCAUAUUCAGAGCCUCCAAUCGCCAACAAAUGGGAGGCUGGUAUGGCUGACAUCGAGUUCAUCUGCUCUCGGGCCCCAGAUUUUCCAAGGGAGGAAGUCAACUCUGCCUACCAUGCCAAUGGGAUGUCUCUGCCAGCGACUAUCCGAGCAGUGGCCCUUGCUGAAGCUCCCAAAGAUCCAAGUGAGGUUGAUGAUGACCCAGUAAUGCUGGCACAAGUGACCGAACUCUCGCAUGACUAUCCAACCAUUCCGAGAGCCACUUUGAUCGGGCUACUCAGAGUCACCUGCAAUCUUAUCUCGGCAACAAACGAAUUAGCCGCAGUGAUGGUUCAGCAGCCUCAGACCUCAGCUCAUGAUAUCAUCAAAUUGAGUGCCGCUCCGCUUGAUCUCACGCAAGAUAAUGAGGUUGAAGAUGGUCCUGUCCGUCGUCGAGGAGCCCCCAGAAGUACUCUCGGUUACGAACAGGCUCGGGCAGCUGCUGAAGUUCAUUUCGCGGCAGGCUCUUCCGCAUAUCAGCAAGCAAGUCAAGCCGCCCGUCGCGCCAAGUCCAACCCCCUCUUCGCUGGUGCAACUGCAGUCUAUCGCGAACGGGGACAAGAGCAGCGUGCGCUCGCGAUGAAUCACCUAGCGACAGCCUCGGACAGGCUUGUGGACCGUCAGUCGACCAGCUGCGAUCUUGAUUUACACGGGGUUAACGUGACUAAUGCCGUUCGCAUUACCCGCGAACGAGUUGAAGCCUGGUGGAACAAUCUGGGAGAUAUCAAGCAUGUUCGUGGAGGCGGUAAGCACGUUCAUGGCGGGUACAAGAUCGUCACUGGUGUGGGUAACCACAGCCAUGAUGGCACAUCCCGCCUGGGGCCCGCUGUUAGCAAAAUGCUGAUGCGAGAAGGGUGGCGUGUGGAAGUCGAUCGAGGAUGUCUCGUUGUCACAGGGAAGGCUCGGAGCUGA